AUGGACAUCGCUGACGGUCGAAACAACGACGGUGGAGGUUCGGCGGCGGCGGCGUCGAGGCAGCAAGUGGACGCGUCUCUUGCAACGACGUCGUCGAAUUCUACGGCGGUUGUUCCGGCGAAGAAGUCGACCAAGGACAGGCACACGAAGGUUGAUGGGAGAGGACGGCGGAUCAGGAUGCCGGCGCUGUGCGCGGCUAGGGUUUUCCAGUUGACGAAGGAGCUCGGUCACAAGUCCGAUGGGGCGCCGGGGUUAAUCCCCGCCACGGGAACCGGAACGAUUCCGGCGAACUUCUCCUCCCUCAAUGUCCCCAUCCGAAGCAGCGGAUCGACGCUCUCAGCUCCGCCGUCGAGAUCGGCGCCGUUGUUUGGUGCUCUAGGACUGAGUCAGCAUCACCACCACCCGUACGACGGACCGGGAAGCGCGUUCGGGAGCCACGCACCGCCGUUCCUGUGGAGCCAUCUUCAGCAGCAACAACAACAACUUGACAACCAGAACCAUCGGUUGACCGCCACCGGGACUGAUCAGGCGGCAGAGACUAUUCCGGGAUCCGAUGACGAUAAUUUCGGGAGAAAACGCUACAGAUCCGAUGAUUUGUCGAAGGAAAACGACGAUCGGAACCAGAACCAUCAGACGGAACAGGUAAACAAAACCCUGAAGAACAGCGAGAUCUCGCCAGCGGAGGCGGCUGCAGCGGCCUUGUGGGCGUUGACGCCGGCGAGCAGAGCCUCCGGAAACACCUUCUGGAUGCUUCCGGUGACUACAGCGAGUGUUAUUCCGUCGGCGUUGGGUUCCGGUCAGAAUCCGGCGGUGGAGAGCAGCAGCGCCGCCGCAUGCCACCGUGCCCAGAUGUGGCCGUUUGCGAAUCCUCCGCCGCCGGAGUGUCGAGGGUUAGGGAUGCCGGAUUCGAACCUCGGGAUGCUAGCCGCGCUGAACGCGGCGUAUGCAAGACGUGGGUCAAACGCAAACGCAAACGCAAACGCAAAUUCAAACGCUGGUGAAAUGAACAACAAAGAACCGCAGCCGCAGCAGAGCGGCCCGGAUGAUGAUAGCGGAGACGAUUACUCGAAUAACUCCGAAGAGUAACAUCAUUAUUAUCAUCAUUGGGUGAGAAUUGAAUUUUUUUUUUUUAAAAAAAAAUUGUAUUUGCAGUGUUUUUAUUUUAAUUAUAAAUGUGAAAUUUUGGGUGUUUUUAGUUGAGAUUUGUGUGGUGAUUUUUGUUAAGUUGGUCCAAAGGGGCAAUUGUUGUCUGUAUAGGAAGCCUAGUGUCGUUUAAUAAUACGAAUAAAAUUCAACCAUUUGUCAUA